AUGGCAAUCAAAGACCUCCUGUCGGUAAUCAAAAAAUUCCCGCACCACUUCAACGAAACCACAAUGUUCAAGGGCACCAAAGAAGCGGAAAAACUCAAAGAAGAAUUCCGACGACAUUUCCGCAACAUCACAAGAAUCAUGGAUUGCGUGGGUUGCGACAAAUGUAGACUCUGGGGCAAAUUGCAGACGCAAGGCUUGGGCACGGCUUUGAAAAUUUUGUUUAGUGGUCAAUUUGAUUAUGAUACUGCAGGGAAUUUGGUUAAUAAAAACGAGAUGCAUUUGCAAAGAAAUGAGAUUGUGUCUUUGCUGAAUGCAAUUGGGAGAUUAUCUACUAGUAUUUAUAAGUUGGACGAUUUUAGGCAAAUAAUAAGCUAA